UAAGCGGAAGGUUCUGGGUUCGAUUCCCAUCUGCUCCUAUCGAGAAAUUAUGGAAGGAAGGAAUCCUGAACACUUGAAUAUGAACGAAUACCCACUCUAACGUUAGGGGGGCUGCGGGCGAGAAACGGGCAUCGCCAGUGCCAGUUAAGACGCUUUAGUUCAGACACAAUCCUCAAAAUUUUCGAUUUUUUUGUUGCACACGCACACCUCCAUACUUCCUUCAUGGCCCACUCACACUCUCUCAAUUUUCCAUAACGCGCAAACGUCAAACAUUUUCCUUGCUAGUCGGAACCUGUCGGAACGUGUUUGCAAGGUUGUUUUUUUUAAAUGAAAAAGUGCGUUGUUUUUUUUACAAAAUUGAUGGUUUGCUCGUUUGCCCCAGAAGAUGGAAUAUUCACUAGGGACGGCUUGGCAGACUCCCAGCCGCCGCUGCUAGAUAACACGUCUCUAGCAUCGAUCAAAACGGCCACCUUUGGCAAACCAAGGAAGAUCUGCCACCAGCUGGAUAACCGGAUCAGGAAUCGGAGAAUCGGAAGCAAAGGAAAUUCCCAAAUAGUUGGCCCUCGAGCCAGAACGCGGUUGGAGCGGAGAUCAUCUGCCGUCGAAACUACUCUCCAAGGCACAUCGCCGUUGCACCUUAUCCAAUGAGCAGCACAAACGGCUCUGGUGAAAGGCGAAAAAGUUUGGUGGAGGUGAUCAGUUGAACGGCCAGAGUCCGGUGGCCUGGUAGAAGAAGAGCUUGGUCCAUUCGACGAAAAGUGAUGUUGGAUAGUCGACCAUCCCCUCCCAUAGCAGGAGGGUUAUCCACCUCAAGACUACGACACCGCCUAGCUACGGAAACCGGGAGGUUCAAGGCAUCCGUUCAACCGAGAACCUACUACGAGUUAAGGUAGACAGUUGUCUUCGUAAGCUUCCUCCUCCGCAACCUCUUCCAAGCGGCGCUCCGCUGGCAUCCCCAAGGACCAAAACGGCCAACGUGACCGCAAAAAGCUGCAAGACCAGCGCCGUCGAAUCGGCCGUAGCCAAACCGGAAGCAGUUUGUCCAAUACGUCUGCCCCAACAUCCAACGCAGCCGGUGGCCGGUGCUAGGCCAAACGGCCGAAGGAGCGAACCAGUUAUCCGCCAACUCAGUGUUCCGCGGCCGUGCUGUCCAACUUGCUGCAUCUCUCGCUACCACAGAGGGCGUCACGCCGUGGCUUGAAUCACUUCGACAAGGCUUCCGUCACCUCGACUGACCAGUGUUGAUUUGCUAAAGUGCUUUUUUUGCUUCUUUUCCAAGAGUGUAAUCACUUGCCAAAGGCGCUUCACUUUGGGACCAUCCAUAAACCAC